UUGUUAGAAAUGUAAUGGCUACAGGAGACCUGGGGAUUGUGGAGAAGACUGGAGCCAAUGACUUGCAGACCAAAGCUGACAGACUGGUACAAAUGAGCAUUUGUGCUUCCCUGGCACGGAAGUUUCCCAAGGUGACAAUCAUAGGAGAAGAAGAACUGUCUACUGAUGAAGUAAGUGAGGAAUUAAUUGAAGAUGGCCACUGUGAAGAAAUUCUGAAGAAGGCUUGCCCUGCUCAGUACUCAGGAAUUAAAGAGGAAGAGCUUGUGAUAUGGGUUGAUCCUUUGGAUGGAACCAAGGAGUACACUGAAGGUCUCCUUGACCACGUAACAGUUUUAAUUGGAAUUGCUUAUGGAGGCAAAGCAAUAGCAGGAGUUAUUAACCAGCCAUAUUACAACUAUGAGGCAGGAGUUAAUACAGUGUUGGGCAGAACAAUCUGGGGAGUCCUGGGCAUAGGUGCCUUUGGAUUUCAGCUCACAGAAGCACCUGCUGGGAAACACAUCAUUGUUACUACCCGUUCUCACAGCAGUACCCUUGUAAACGACUGCAUCAGUGCCUUGAAUCCAGACCAUGUUAUCAGAGUUGGAGGAGCAGGAAACAAGAUCAUUCAGCUUAUAGAAGGCAAGGCAUCUGCUUAUGUAUUUGCCAGCCCUGGGUGCAAGAAAUGGGAUACAUGUGCACCUGAAGCUAUUCUGCAUGCUGUGGGAGGCAAGAUAACUGAUAUGCAUGGAAAUCCAUUUCAGUAUAACAAGGAAGUGAAACACAUGAAUUCAGCUGGGGUCCUUGCCACUCUGAGAAAUUAUGACUAUUAUGCCAGUCUUAUUCCUAACACAGUUAAACAAUCUCUUGUGCCUUAAAGCAGUAAAGGAUCUUCACUUGGCUGGAAG